AUGGCCCGUGAAGGAACAGUCGGCGGUGGCGGAUUUGAACGCCUGGCGGCAAGCCGGUGGCCCAAUUAUUUUGAUGUGAUCAAGGAGCAGGAGACGCUCUGGCAAAAUGAGGUUGAUCAGACCAUCAGGCAGUACACUACGAAUGAAAUCUACCUUGAAGUCAACAACGCUCUCUGGUUUGACGAUCGCUCUCUUCUGGAGAAGCAUCGCAAGUUCAUCAGUUUGCUCCGUCAUGGUGUGCGUGGAUACUGUGAGAGUGGGACUGUCUACCGUGGAAUGAAGCUUCCUGCCAGCCAGCAUGAGCUCUACACGGUGGGUGAGAGAUUCCUGUGGCCAGCUUUCACUUCAACAAGCCGUGAUCGGACUCAAGCCGAAAAGUUCGGGAGCUGGGCACGCACCGGUGAUCGAGUCUUAUUUGUGAUCGAGCUGUCGCGCGCAGUUGGACUUACCUUCUCAAGGGACAUCUCCCACUUCUCAGUUUACCCCCAUGAGCAAGAAGUGCUGAUCUUCUGCUACUCAGGUUUUGAAGUGCUUGGACGCGAGUGGCACGAUGGACAACUUGUUGUCACCCUCAAGCCCUAUGACACCAAACUCCUUGAAAGCUAUUGUUACCAAUAUGGCCCCUGCGUAGCCCUCCUCUUUGUCAUCCUCUUCAUCCUCCACCAGGUGGGGAAGCUAAUAGCUUCGAAAGCCCUUGUACAGCUGUAG